UUGGGAAGGCCGCGGCCCCCUGAACAGAGGGACGUCCUCGUUCUCGGAGGCAGCAGACCAGGCGCGCCGUUAGCCGGAGCUUGGACGGUCUGGAAACUACAGGCGCCCCUGCCCUGGCUGGACCAUGGCGCCCCCGCGGAACGUGGUGAAGAUCGCGGUCCAGAUGCCUGAUGCCAUCCCGCAGCUCAUCCAGCUGGACCAGGCAAAGCCUCUGGCCGCUGUGCUGAAGGAGGUGUGCGACGCGUGGAGCUUGGUUCACUCAGAACGCUACGCCCUGCAGUUUGCUGAUGGACAUAGGAGCUACAUCACUGAGAACAACCGCACAGAGAUCAAGAAUGGCAGCAUCCUGUGCCUCAGCACUGCCCCAGACCUUGAGGCUGAGCGGCUGUUGGGUGGGCUGCAGAGUGGGAGUCGUGAAAGGCGCCGAGAAGCUCUGCAGCACCUCGUCUUGCUGACCCCGGACGUGACCUUUGCCCAGGAGGUCAUCAGCCGUGAUGGGCUUCAGAGACUAGGCACCAUCAUUGAGGAUGGGGAUGACUUAGGGGAGGUGCUGACCCUUGCACUGAGGGCCUUCUUGGAGCUCAUGGAACACGGCAUGGUGUCCUGGGAGACGCUCAGCAUCCCCUUUGUUAGGAAGGUGGUGUGCUACGUGAACAUGAACCUGAUGGAUGCAUCUGUGCAGCCUCUGGCCCUCAGGCUGCUAGAGAGUGUGACCUUGAGCAGUCCUGCCCUGGGCCAGCUGGUCAAGAGUGAGGUACCCCUGGAUAGGCUGCUGGUCCACCUACAGGUGAUGAACCAGCAGCUACAAACCAAGGCUAUGGCAUUGCUGACAGCCUUGCUCCAGGGGGCCAGCCCUGCUGAACGCAAGCACAUGCUUGACUACCUGUGGCAGAGAAACCUUCGCCAGUUCAUCUAUAAGAAUAUCAUCCACAGUGCAACACCAUUGGGCGACGAGAUGGCUCACCAUUUGUAUGUACUGCAGGCCCUUAUGUUGGGGCUGCUGGAGCCACGCAUGAGGACGCCACUGGACCCCUACAGCCAGGAACAGCGGGAGCAGCUGCAGGCCCUGCGCCAGGCUGCCUUUGAGUCGGAGGGGGAGUCCCUGGGCACCGGGCUGAGUGCCGACCGCCGCCGUUCCCUGUGUGCCCGCGAGUUCCGAAAACUGGGCUUCUCUAACAGCAACCCUGCACAAGAUCUAGAGCGCGUGCCCCCUGGCCUGCUGGCCCUGGACAACAUGCUCUACUUCUCCAGACACGCACCUAGUGCCUACAGCCGGCUAGUGUUGGAGAACAGCAGCCGUGAGGACAAGCAUGAGUGCCCCUUUGCCCGGAGCAGCGUCCAGCUGACCGUGCUGCUGUGCGAGCUGCUCCGCGUCGGGGAGCCCUGCUCCGAAACAGCCCAGGACUUUUCGCCCAUGUUCUUCGGCCAAGACCAGAGUUUCCAUGAGCUCUUCUGUGUGAGCAUCCAGCUGCUGAAUAAGACCUGGAAGGAGAUGCGAGCCACCCAGGAGGACUUCGACAAGGUCAUGCAGGUGGUGCGGGAGCAGCUGGCCCGUACGCUGGCCCUGAAGCCCAGCUCCCUGGAGCUUUUCCGAACCAAGGUGAAUGCGCUCCCCUAUGGGGAGGUGCUGCGGCUGAGGCAGACGGAGAGGCUGCAUCAGGAGGGCACGCUGGCCCCUCCCAUACUGGAGCUACGGGAAAAGCUGAAGCCAGAGCUCAUGGGCCUGAUCCGCCAGCAGCGUUUGCUCCGCCUCUGCGAGGGGACACUCUUCCGCAAAAUCAGCAGCCGGAGGCGCCAGGACAAGCUGUGGUUCUGCUGCCUGUCCCCCAACCACAAGAUGCUGCAGUACGGGGACGUGGAGGAGGGCGCCAGCCCACCCACCCUGGAGAGCCUGCCUGAGCAGCGUAAGGACGAUGGGGCAGGGGUCCGGGUCAGCCACCUGCCCUCCCGAGACCACCCCCUGUCCGGGGACCGCCUGAGUCCCAGUGGUCAGCCUGGCCUUCUUCCCGCAGUCCCUGUGGCCGAUAUCAAGGCACUGCUCACAGGCAAAGACUGCCCCCACGUCCGGGAGAAGGGCUCAGGGAAGCAGAACAAGGAUCUCUAUGAGUUAGCCUUCUCCAUCAGCUAUGACCACGGGGAGGCGGAGGCAUACCUCAACUUCAUCGCCCCAUCCAAACGGGAGUUCCACCUAUGGACAGAUGGGCUGAGCGCCCUGCUCGGCGGUCCCAUGGGCAGUGAGCAGACUCGGCUGGACCUGGAACAGCUGCUGACGAUGGAGACCAAGCUGCGGUUGUUGGAACUGGAGAAUGUGCCCAUUCCCGAGCAGCCGCCUCCUAUCCCCCCGCCCCCCACCAAUUUCAACUUCUGCUAUGACUGCAGCAUCACUGAGCCUUGACAGUGAGGUUGGCCGUGGGCCACAGCUUGCUGGCAUCGGUGACCGUGAAGGGUGGAGGGUGGUAAAACCCGGACACGCUGACCAGCAGAGGCUGCCGCAGAAAUAAAGUCUGCUUGACUCUUGGGUGUGUGUCGAGCCAGUUCCGCAACUGUGGGCCAAGCCUGCCUUCAAAUUUAGCUGGCAAAUGAGAUGGGGCAUCAGACCAAGGUCACUGCUUGGGGCCACAAACCUGGGCGGCCGCAGUUGAGGGGCUGGUGUUGUGAAGGAGGGGCUGGAU